AUGCAGUGGGAGCACGUCACCGACGUGUCAUUUGAUGGGGCCAUCUUGGAGUUCGCCUACACGUCCACGCUGACGGUGACGGCAUCCAAUGUCAGCGAGAUCCUGAACGCGGCGCAAAUGCUGGAGAUUCCCUGCAUCAUUAACGUGUGCCUGGAGAUCAUGGACAGCGGCGGGGGACGAGGAGGUGGGCCUGAAGGGAGGGUGGAAGAAGAAGUAGAGGAAGACGAGGAAGAAGAGGAAGAGGAAGACGGGUCGAGGAACGACGAACAGGAGGACGAUGACGACAGGUCAUCGGAGAGCAGGGGGGAGCCGCUGGGGAUGGACGAGUCGCCGCCGCCCAGCACCUCCACUUACCAGGAGCGGUCGCCUGACAGCAUGCAUGCGAAGCAGGAGAACCUGGAGAACCGCACCCUAAAGGACUUCUCCAUCGAGUCGCUCCUCCAAGACGGCCUGUACCCCCGCAUGUCUGCUCUGGACAGGAGGGCCAGCUUUUCCCCCCUGCUGCCUGGCUUCUACCCCUCCAUGUGGGCCGCCGACUUCCCGGCAUUUCCCAAGCACUUCCUGGAACCCGGGCUUCAUCAGCACCCUCGCACGGGUGAUGGCUCCCCAAGGGUCCCCGCCACCUACCCGACGCCCGACGCCCCGCCUCCCGGGCCCCUCAAUCUGGCCGUGAAGCGAGAGAUCAUCAAAGAGGAAAUGAAAGAGGAAGCGCUGCCCGGUCUGCUCCAUGGCAACUUCCUGAAGGAGUUUGUCAGCUCGGGGCUGUGUGGUGCCAUGAGCUCCGCCGGGCCCGUACCCACCUCAGACCACUCCCUGGGGGUAGUCAAGGACGAGCCUGACUUCCGCUCAUACCUGAGCUUCCUGAACUCAGCGUCUCACAUCGGGGCGCUCUUCCCUCCCUGGCAGCUGGAGGAGGAGAGGAAGAUCAAGCCCAAGUCUUCACAGCAGUGUCCCAUCUGUAACAAAAUCAUCCAGGGGGCCGGGAAGCUACCGCGACACAUGAGGACCCACACAGGGGAAAAACCCUACAUGUGCACCAUCUGCGAGGUGCGCUUCACCAGACAGGACAAGCUGAAGAUUCACAUGAGGAAGCACACGGGCGAGCGUCCGUACAUCUGCCUGCACUGCAACUCCAAAUUCGUGCACAACUACGAUCUGAAGAACCACUUACGCAUCCAUACUGGCGUACGGCCCUACCAGUGCGAGCACUGCUACAAGAGUUUCACACGCUCCGACCACCUGCACCGCCAUCUCAAAAGGCAGAGCUGCCGGGUCUCCCGCCCACGACGGGGCCGCAAACCGACCGCCUGGCGCUCUGCGCCCACUGCCGGCUACUUGUGCCCGCCCAACGCCGCGGGUGUGUUGGAGGGGAACGGGUUUAAGUCAUACCACAACGUUGAGGAGAAGGAUGCGGCAGAGCGGCAGCGAGGGGUUUUUGCCUUUGCGUUGGACGACGCACUGGCUCGCUCGCCCUUUUACGCGGCCGCCUCGGACCCCUGGACUGUCAGGCUGGAGCGGGCUCCGCCCAUCCCGGAGUCCGCCACAUGAACGUCAUGAGCAUCGAGAGACAAAAAAAACAAAAAAAACAGAAAUCGGUGAACUUCCUCACUUUUUCAUUUCUAUUUUUUAUGGCAGGAUAAUAAAAAACACAUCAUAUUCAUACAUGGCACAACGGAGAAGCCUUGUGAAUGUUUACAUGCAAUUUGGAAGCGCUUGUUGCCAUUGCAAUUACAAUGAAUGAGAAGUUGCGCGGUGUAUGAGCGUUUAGCACGGCUUUGACCUUCCUGUGUGGAGUUAAUAUGUUCUGCCAAAUAUUGAGGGGGCGCUCCCCUAGGACUAAAUAUUCCUCCUACAUUCCAAAACUGUGUAUGGCAGGUUAUUGAAGACUCUUAACUGUCUUUAUGUCUGAACGCGAAGUGUGGAUGGCUGUUUGUCUGUUUCUCUUUAUGUGCCCAGCGAUUUGCUGGUGAACCGUCUUGGAUGUACUCACAACCCUAAUUAGAAUAAGCACUAUAGAACAAGGACGGGAGACUGAUGGGGGGGGGGGGGGCAAUUUUUCAUCAAUGCUACUCGGGGCCCACAUUGGAGAGCCACGCAACCAGAUGCAUGACAAAAAUGGCAUCUUAAAUAGACAAAAUACAUCCUGGCCCAAAAAUAGCAAUGUAUUCCCCCCCCCCAAGAGCAAUCUUUAAAAAUCGUAGGUGAACCUACAAUAAGCGUUUACACGAAAGAAAAAAAAAUUGAUUUGGCUUCAUCGUGUAAAUGUGAACAUGUGUUUGUCUGGUGUAUAGGUGGCCUGCUAAUGGCUGGCGACUAGUCCAGGUUGUCCCAUCCAAAGUCAGUUGGGAUAUUUCAGCUCACUCGCGAGCCUGGUGAGGAUAAGCGUUAUAGAAAAUGUAUGGAUGGAUGUUUACAAAACUAAUGGACGGUUUCUAAGCAUGACAGCAGACAGCUCUUUGACAACAGAAACAGUUCUGAUACGCCCUCAAAGGGAAUAUGCCAUGAUGUGUUCGUUCAGUAUGUUCAGGAAAUCAUAAGUUAUUAGUGACAAAGAUUAAUGUUACAUAAUAUUUAUGUGUAAGGGCAAAUAUGAUAUCCACAACAAUGGAAGCAUUCUAAAUGAGAAUAACCCUCUCUUUCCGCUGCACUAUUGUACAUAGCACAUUCAAAAAGGCAAGUAAAGCUUCCAAAGACUUUGAUGCUACAUGAAUGAGACACAGAAUCGUCGUUUGAUCAAUUAAAUGUCAUGUGUCUCCAACAAGGACUUCUCUCGAUCACAUUUGACUUGAAAUGGGGGUUGAAUACUAUUUUGUUUUUUUGUGUUUGUGCUAUUUAUGCAUAUUUAAAUAAAUGAGCCUUGGCUAUAUUUUGCAAAAUGUUUUAUAAAG